CCUAAUUCAACCUCUGCCAUUUCCAGGUACCGCCGCCCCGACGGGAGUUAAGCAUCGCGAUCGUUGUUAAGAAGGACGAAGUGGGAGAGAGGAUCGAGUGGCUCGCAGCGAGCCGUCGAAGAAGGAGAGAGUGUGCAGCCAAGCACGUGACACCGAGUGCCGUGACCCGAGACACUUGUUGCACCGCUGCGGCCCCUUUAAAGUGUCACCGCGCUCCGUCCACGUGGCGGCAGGAUUAGAUCGACGCCCGAGAGAACAAGGAGGAAACGGAGAAGAAGGAAAACAAAAAAAGAAAGAAAGAAAGAAAAGAAAGAGAAACGCGCGUGCCGUGAAUUUCGUCGUUUGCACUAUCGUGGUGCACCAAGCGUGGAUAUGAGCGGUUCGAGCGUCCCGUGCUCGAUGAUCGUUGGCGAGGACGCGACGAGAAACCAACCUCGCGAGUGGUGAAGAGAUCGUGUGUGAUGCUGUCGUUUCGUCCGUUAGUGCGUGCACGCGUGUAAGAACCCAGCGGGAUCUGUGUUUUGAGUUUCGCGGGAGAGAGGAGGAGAAGGGCGCUCGUUACAGGGUGGUGAACAUGAACGUGAUUUGGUGUCUAGACCGGUGACACCGGUCGCUGUUGUGCGUGCGUGGCUAUCGCCGCUGGUUACUCCGAAUUAGCAGACUAUCACUGAGACGACGGAUAUCCUCGAUCGGUGGAUAUCGUCGGGCUUGUAGAGGGGUGGGUUCGGCGAGGACAGCAGUGGAGAAAAGACCGGAAGGCUGGAUCACCUUCGUGGAAUGUCUUCAGGCGCCAAGCGGCUGGUGCAGUCGCUUCGGGGCCGCAGCGGGGGUGGCAGAGGCAGCGGUGGUGGCCGCGGCGAUGCUGGCGGAGGGGACGGCAGCGGCGGCGGUGGCGGCGGAGCGAGCACCAGCGCGACCAGAUUGUGCCAUUACGACAGCGGUCACGAGCUCGACGAGAUCUCGGUGGUCGGUGCCGCCAUCAGGGGCAGCGAGGGCCUUCCCACCCCCACGACGCCCUGUCACUGCGGCGGCCUCAAGUAUGGCAGCGGGCAGACGCUUUACAGCAUCGCCGGCCUGGUGCCCCCUGCGCCCGCUGCACCUGCGCACGGAGCCCAGUCAGUGUUGCGUCCAAGCGAUCAUCAGCGAUUUACGAUUCGCGAUCAGCGUAGAUUAUGGAAAUUGGAUGUCGUUGGAUCGAGGCUUGAAAAAGUUUGA